AUGAGGUCUUUAUUCCUUACGUUUGUCACCGGGGCUACGGCCUCGGCAUCGUAUCUGGCGUGGACGGCGGACUCCUUUAUCCAACACGGGGUUAAAAAGACCCAAGGCUAUAGCGAAGCAACUCUAUAUUCAGGAUACGAAGCCGCAUACGCGCUUACUCAGAACGAGACGUACGCAGAGUGGUACCGGGGGCAGAUCGAUGGUGCAGUAGUCCUAGAAAACGGCACAAUCAAGGACUGGAAAAGCGAAUUCUACUCUUUAGAUAAUUAUCGGAUCGGCAAUAAUAUCCUAUGGUGGUAUGAGCGUACAAGGCUCGCAAAAUAUAAGAGCGCCGCGAAUGUCAUCCGCGCGCAGUUAGAUAGACACCCGCGGACUGCUACUGGCGGCUUCUGGCAUCGACAGCCUAAUUACCCCAACCAGAUGUGGCUCGAUGGCAUCUUCAUGGCGGAUAGCUUCUACGCGAAGUGGACGCGUUUGUUUGACGCGGGGAACGAGACUGCAUGGGACGAUAUCGCGCGCCAAUUCGAUAAUAUCGAUGCACACACGCGGAAUCGGACGUCGAAUCUCCUGGUUCACGGGUACGACGAGAGCAAGAAAGCAGUAUGGGCAAAUCCCGUGACGGGUGCCGCUCCGUUGGUAUGGAAUAGAGCUGUCGGUUGGUAUUUUAUGAGUUUGCUUGAAGUUAUUCCUUUAUUUCCACUGCACCAUCCUGGCCGUCAACGGCUCAUCCGCUACUUCACGACUCUCGCGGCGGGUCUGAAGAAAGCGCAGGACGAGGAUUCUGGUAACUGGUGGCUCAUCAUGAGCGAGCCGUACCCAGGAGCACCAGGGAACUACAUCGAGAGUAGCGCUUCGGCCAUGUUCACCUUUGGUUGGCUGAAGGGUAUCCGGCUGGGUUUACUUGAUGAGAGCGAGUAUCUCGAGCCGGCGCUUAAGGCGUACCAUGGACUUAUAGAAAAGUUCGUGAAAGCAGAUGAUGAUGGCACUCUGAAUUGGGAGGGGACCGUAGAAGUUGGUUCCCUGGGCAGUAAUGGAACUUACGAGUAUUACAUCUCGAUACCCCUAGUUGAAAACGACCAUAGGGGAGCUGGACCUUUCAUGCUUGCGGCUUAUGAGAUAGAAAGACGUUAG